AUGACGAGCUCAGGAAUUGAGCUGAACCGUGCGGAAACAGAUGCAGAAGAAGGUGAUAUAAACGAUGUGUUUGAGGACAUUUUUCUAACCGAGGAACGUAUCAUCGGUGAACAUUUCGACCAAGGAUUGGCAGACGGUCGACUGGAGGAAUCCGUCCAGGAGGCGGAAGAUUAUGGUUUUAAGAAAGGAGCCGAAAUUGGACGAGAAAUUGGAUUUUACACCAGCAUUGUGAACGAAAUUGCUUCCCAACCAGAGACAACGUCGAACGAGAAGGCCCACAGCAUUCUGCAGGAAAUAUUGACAGCGCUGGAAAAGUAUCCGCACACGAACGAUCCGAACAUAGAUUUGUUACACAAUUUGCAACAGAUUCGGAACAAAUUUCGAAGACUCUGUGCACUGCUGAAGGUUCCGUUUAAGUACACGCAAACGAAUGAUCUUUCGUUUUAA